ACUCUUGGAAGACCAUGGCGCCGAAUCAACGUCAACGUCAACUUUUUAUUUCAAAGAAAGAAUUGAAAAAGCUCAAUGGCAGAAGAUUCUCAAAACCAGAAGAAUCGUCGGAUGUUGGACUUAUUUAUCCUAGUGUGGAUACAGCAUUUAAAUUACUUUUAUCAGCUAGGUUUUGCUCAGCUACAUGGAGCCACAUAACAGAUUGCGAUGAAACAUACAAUUAUUGGGAACCAAGUCAUUACUUAUUAUAUGGAACCGGCCAACAAACAUGGGAAUAUAGUCCACAGUUUGCAUUAAGGUCUUACAUGUAUUUAUUAAUUCAUAUGGUACCAGCAAAACUCUACCAUUAUUUGCUAGAACCAAAUCCUGUUCUAGUCUUCUAUUUUGUAAGAUGCCUUUUAUCACUAGGAUGUGCAUUAUCUGAAGCAUACUUUUAUAAAAAUGUGUGUAGAGAAUUUGGAAUUCACAUAGGCAGAUUGACAUUAGUGUUCCUUAUUUUUAGUUCUGGCAUGUACAUUGCCAGUGCUGCAUUUUUACCAUCUUCCUUCUCAAUGUAUUUAAGUACUACUGCUACGGCUGCAUGGUAUGGAAGACAGUAUGAAUUAGCUAUUUUUGCCACUGCCAUAUCUGCUCUAUUAGGAUGGCCAUUUGCUGCAUUACUUGGAUUACCAAUUGCAAUGGAAAUGUUAAUACAUAAGCAUGAGUGGAGUAAAUUUAUAAAAUGGGUAAUUAUAUCUGGUGUUGUUGUUUUGGUGCCAAUGGUAUGGAUUGAUUCAAUGUACUAUGGUAAAUUAGUAAUAGCACCAUUAAACAUUGUAAUGUACAAUGUUUUCACUAAUCAUGGUCCAAAUCUUUAUGGAACUGAACCUCUUAGUUAUUAUAUUUACAACGGAUUUUUAAACUUCAAUUUCAUUUUUAUUGGCGCACUUUGGGCUCCAUUUGGAUUGUUUUUAGUGUGGUUAAUUGUACCAUCGCGACCAAGAGAUCGACUUUGUUUAUCUUACUGGUACUCUUUGGCACCAUUGUACCUUUGGUUUCUGGUCUUCUUUUUCCAACCUCAUAAGGAAGAACGAUUUUUAUUUCCUGUAUAUCCAAUGAUUUGUUUGGCUGGAGCAAUAGCUGUGGAUGUCAUUCAAAAAUUGUACUUCUUCAUUAGAACGAAACUUAGUCCCUUGCAUAUUGCUUACCAUUAUUUACAAUAUACUAUUCAUAUUACGCUCAUGACGAUCUUAAUAUGUGGUCUUCUUGGUAUAUCGAGAUCAUUGGCAAUAUAUAAAGGUUACUAUGCUCCAAUGGAAAUAAUGAUUGAAACUAAUAAACUUGAGUCAGAAGGAGAAAUAUUUAAGGAUGCAAAUAUCAAUUUUUGUAUUGGUAAAGAAUGGCAUCGAUUUCCAAGUAGUUUUUUCUUUCCAUCAAAUAAUUGGAAACUUCAGUAUUUAAGGUCAGAGUUUAAGGGACAAUUACCACAAGCUUUCUUAGAUCAUGAAAAUGCAACUAGUCUAAUACAAUCCCAGUUUAAUGAUGUAAACAGAGAAGAACCAACACGUUAUUUUAGUUUAGAUAAAUGCCAUUUUGUAUUAGACUUGGACAUUGGCACUGAGACAGCUUUAGAACCAAAUUAUUCUCGAUUAAUGGAUAAUUUUACAAUAAUAAAAUCAUCUAAAUUUUUAGAUUCCACAAGAUCACAUCGAUAUUUUAGAGCAUUUUAUCUACCUUUCGCAUCACACCAAUUUUGUACAUAUGGCUCAUAUAAUUUGUUACAAAAUACUAAAUUUAAGUUGAUUUCCCCUUUGUCAAAAGAAAAGAAUACAAAAUCUUCUUGAAUGGAGAUACUGGGAUAUGUCUAUAAUUUUAAUAAACAGGGUUUCUAUCAGGGAAAUUAUACCAAAAACUGAAGUAAUUCGAGACAAUUAAAAUGCGUUCAAAAUUAAAUAUAGUACAUAAGUACAU